UCACUUUUUCAUUUCGUAAAAAUCAGCAAUCGAAUUAAGUGCUUAAUUAUUUGCAUUAUUUUUAGAGCUUUCCGAAAGCUGCCAACGUAAAGUCCGCGUAGCGCCAGCACUGGCCGUAUCGGAAAUAGCAAAAUCGAAACAUCAGAGAUCGAAAUACAGCGCAUUCGGUUCGAUUUCACAAGAACUGCGAACUGAGGGCGGAGUGGGAGUGUCUGCCAGCGCGGAGAAAAGUGAACGCAUUGCAAUUAAACAUGAAAUUUGCUGCAACGACGACCGGAGUACGACAUUUUUGUAUUAUCAACGCCAAGCAGCAGAAAAGGCAACAGCAGAGCCAUCAGAAUCAGCAGACUAUAUAUAAGAUACGGCCGCAAGAAUCGCGAUCGGACUUGAACAAUUGCAAACGGCAAAGACAGUCGUGUAGAAUUGCCAAAAAUUGGAAGCACCAAAGUUUUUGCAUAGAAUCAAAAUCAAUAAAUCGGAACCAACACGUGCGUUUCAGUAGUUGCCGCCAAAGCAACGAAAGUGUAGACAUUUUCGCCGUCGUGUAGACUUCGCCGCCUGUUCUCCAUCUUUGGAGGACCAAGAACAGAAGAAAGGACACUCGGCUACAAAGCAUCUGUUUGUUCGGUUGUUUUUUUUUCUGUUUCGUACCUUGUGUUUGAGACAGCAGGCCAAACAAUAGAAACCAAAACGUCGUCGUCGAGUUCAAUCAACAAAAUACCUGAACAACGCAAAAACAACAGCAACAUGCCGCGACGCAACAAGAAAUCAGCAGCAGGCAGAGGCCGCACCAACGACUCCAAUUCUGAGGACGAGUCCUUUGACAAUGUGAGCGUUUACUCACAUGUCUCCGAAGUCGCAUCCUCGGAGGCCACCGACGAGCUGGCCAACGAGCGCUUCGAGGAGAAGUUCGAGAAGGCCCUGGAGCAGGCCACCGAGAAGUCGGCCCAGACACGUGUGCAGGCUCUGCAAGCGAUUUGCGAACUCCUCAUGCACCGCUACAUGCCGGACUUUGUGGAGGACCGCAAGAUGACCCUGAUGGACUUCGUGGAGAAGAGCAUCCGUCGGGGCAAGGGCCAGGAGCAGGUGUGGGGCGCACGACUUGCCCCCCUUCUGGUGCUCCAAAUGGGCGGAGAUGAGGGCAUCUCCAAGGCAAUGAAUCAAUUCCUGUUGAACACCGUGCAGGACAAGUCCGUGGGCUUUGAUGCCCGUGCCAAGUGCUGCACAGCUCUGGGAUUGCUCAGCUUUCUGGGCUGCGAGGAUGUCGGCGAGUUGGUGCAGCUGAUGCAGUGCUUCGAGGCCAUUUUCGCGGGCAGCUAUUUGCGUGGCGAUGACAAGACGCCUGUAUCCGUUACUGCCGAAGCUGGCACUUUCCAUGCGGAGGCUUUGAACGCCUGGGGGCUCUUACUUACACUUAUACCUUCGGGUGAUUUUGUUUCGUUGAUGACCACUGGCCAAAACAUGUUCCCAUCUAUUAAGAAGUUUUUGGGUCUUUUGCAAUCUACACAUUUGGACGUUCGCCUGGCCGCUGGCGAGACCAUUGCUUUGAUUCUGGAGUCGGGCCGUUCCCACGAUGAGGACUUCCUGGAAGAUGAUAUCGCCGAGUUGUCGGAGGCCGUCAAGCAGCUGGCCACCGAUUCGCAUAAGUACCGCGCCAAGCGCGAUCGCAAGGCGCAGCGUGCAACCUUCCGUGAUGUGCUGCGCUACCUGGAGGAGGACAUUUCGCCGGAGAUUAGCAUUCGCUUUGGUACCGAGUCGCUGACACUAGACUCCUGGUCCAUCCAUCAUCAGUAUUCGGCCCUGUGCACGGUCAUGGGUCCCGGGAUGACCUCGCAGCUGCAGGAGAACGAGUUCAUUCGCGACAUUUUCCAGCUGGGACCACGUCCCACCAACACCGGCAUCAAUGGCAACGCCAAGGCCAAGCCGUCCAAACUGGAGCGGCACCUUGUGAAUGCUGCUGCAUUCAAGGCACGCUCCAUAACACGUGGAAAGAAUCGCGACAAGCGAUCGGCCGUCGUCACUUAAACCCUUUACUCCACGAACACUGUUCCCAUCCACUGACCCCCAAAAACCAUCUCAAAACCCCGUUAGCCAACUCUGGACUUACUAGUUGAAUUGUUUCUAAUUUUAGCUUGAACCAGGCAAAACGUCGCCAAAGCUGAAUAACUAAGUCUAAAUUUAGGAUAAUUCAGUGUAAUCUACAAAAUUUCUCUAGUUUAUUAACCACACGUUGGAGCCAUUGUUUAAAUAUUAUUAAAUAUUUAUUGCUUGCACAGUAGUUGUUUAUCAGUGAGUGCAUUGCUGGCUCCAGCUUGGAUCUUUUACUUUGUGAAUUUAAAUUAACACUGCGAUUGUUACGACUGGCUUGUACGCUUUUCGAUUUGGGUUAACCUCUUAUGUUGUUGAUCUUUUUAAAUUACAAAAACAUGUUCUGCUUUAAUGCUGCUAAAAAGUUAUUCAUAACUUGACAUGGCUUUUAUUAUGCAUAAUAAGUAAGCUAUACAAACACAUAUAUUUUGUAGUAAAUAAGUGUAAAAUAAAGUUUAGGCUUAAACGAAAACUA